AGCUUGGCUCACGGGGAGGCCUUGCCGAGCCAUUAGAGGCAUGGACGAGGACGAGGACGCCGAGCUGGAUGUGAAUGACAGUCCUUUCGAUGCCGACGUCCUGGACCUGGACCAGCAGCAGUAUGGCCGGGCGUGGAUGUUGCAGAUUCUGCAGGCCUUGAUGCCCAUUGCGAAGCCACCAGAGGUGGCGAACCUGAAGUUUCUGAUAUGUCCAGAUGCUGGACCGGCUGACGAGGAAGGUGACCGUGACAGGAUCAGAGGCCGCGACCGCAAAGGCAAGGGCAACCAUAAGGGCCAGAACGCAUCCACAGGGAGGUUUAUCCCGGAGAUGGGCCGUACCGAGAUUGUGCCCAGAUCACAGCGCGGGACCUGGUGGAGGAACUGCUGCAGGGACAAGGGGGAUGUCAUUAUCCGGGAGCAGUUCCUGCUGACUAGCGAGGAGAUUUGCCGAGUACCUUUCGGCCAGUAUGUGCUGCAGGCAGGACCUUUAGAGGUCUUCGUCAAUGGCCCUGCGCAGGGCCUUCAACGAAUGCCCGUGCAGCCUCGUGGCUGGGCUACUGUGGAUGCCACGGCCGUCAAUGGGCCCCUCUACUUGGACAAGGUCAAGUCGCCAAAAUGGACGGUCAUCUUCUCCAGCGGAUCCACCAAAGGAGACAUUGUGGUGCGGAGAGGUGUCUCAUUGGAUAGCGACGAGGUGGCAGUCCUGGCAUGUGGCACCAUGGUGGAGCAGGCUGCACCAUUGGAGGUGACAGAGGAUGGCAUCAUCCGGAUGCAAAUCACGUUUGAAGGCCGCGAGCCCUCGACCUCGUCACAUGCAGCGAAAGCGCGCAUGGGCUGGGUCACUUGUGAUGCAACCGCACAGGGUGGCCCGAAGUUCUUUGAGCCCGUCGACCCCGAGCGAUACAAAGCCCCGCGACAGGAACCGCAGCGAGAAGAGGGGACUUGGGAAGUAAACCGCAUUUGGCGCGUGAUGAACCUGCAGGACGAGCACCAGCUUCCUUUGGUGAGAAAGUGUGAGCCGUACGCCCCUGGAUCUGGAAAGAUUCCUCCGCCAGAGAUGCUGGUCAGGCACCUCGUCAACGGUGAAGUGGUCCAUCAGGUGGGACACUCCAAGAAGGUGCGAGGCUACAUGGUGAUGCCUGUGAAGGUCGAUUCUGAGGAGGGCUGGGUGGUGCGGCGUUUAGUGGACACAAACCGAGAGCAGCCAGCCUGGUUUGAAGAGAUUGUCAACGGCGAGCCACGGGAGAGGAAGAAGCAUCGCAACCGCGAUCGAGACCAUGGGCAGUGGGACCAACAUGGUGACUGAGGCAGUGAGUCGACUGGCGCCCGCAAGCUUAGCGCAGGGUGGAAACCAUGUUGGGCGCCAGGGUCUUGGUCCCAGCGAAGCGAUGCUGACUAGCGCGACUUGCAAAAGACAAUUUCGGUACUGCAGCUCAUGCCGCA